UUGUCAUAUGGAAAUGAAAAAUUUCAUAGCCAUCUGAUCUCAGAAACAACUGCUUUUCCUUAUUAGAGCACCCGAAAAUUUAACUUUACGUCCCAAAUUAAAAUUUCGAGGGACGCUUGGAGGACUUGAACUCCAUUGGAAACACUGCCGUCGGAGACAACAGCUUAUUGCACCGACACGGCAGUGAUUAGUUUGGCCCUGCUUUCAUCACCUCAUUUCUGUCGGAGCCACGGCAGCUCGGGAUGAAAUCGUCCUACUGAACUUCCUCUCAUUCUCAUCAGUGGAAGCCAAAUGUCACUACUUUCUACAUAAAUUAUUUAUGGAAUCCAGGAGGAGUUUUUUUUUUUUUUUGUUUCUUAAACAAAAUCUUGUUCUUUUGUGUACCCGAUAUAGUUCGAUCCAACUAGGUAUGCAGAGGCGCAGGAUUUCGGAUUAUUAAUUUUUUACUCCUUUAUAUUACUCAUUAUUAUCAUCAUCAUUUUUCAAACCUAACGGUCUGACAGCCAGCUCUCUCAUCUCAGGCUUUUCUUCUGGUCGUCUCGUCCUUCCAGAAAGAAUACUUUGUUAUCAUCCCUUUGUCAGCGUCAAGAGGCUCGGCUCCCGGCGCCAGCCCGCUCCCCUCUAUUGGCCGAGGUAUUAGAGGCUGAGCACGUGAACGUCACGUGCGUCAGCCUGCUGUUUUGCCCCCCUCUCUCUUUUUCUUUUAGUUUCUGCGUUUGCUCUUGUUCUUCUUCUCAGAAAGAUGAAAGAGGAGUUGCCGCCUGGUCUGCAAGCUUCUAGUAUUUUUUUGCAGGUGUGAAUAACAUAAAUACAAGAAUGAGGCAGCACUACAGCGAUCCACUUCAAGAACAGUUACUUCUUAGAUAGCCUAGGAAAUUAAGUUGCAUUUCAUAUUAGAUUUGUCUGGAGAAAAACAUGCUAGCAAUUUCAGAUCUGUUGAGGUCUUUUGCUUGAGUUUUAUUGCCAUAUUGUAGUAUUACCAAGUUGAUGUUGGGGGAAAUGCGAGAUGAGGAGAAGAUUGUUGUGGCUAAACCUGUGGCUUCUAGGCCUUACCCUAAUCUCGGGUCCUUCUCAGAGCUCCUUGCUGGUGCCAUGAAUGCUUCUCCUGCGACUUCAUUUGCCGAGGCCACAGCAGCCAUCAGGCCAAAGACUCUGAGAUUUAAACCCUCACCAAAUCUUGCUUCAUCUUCGGAUAGCAUAUCUAAAUCGGCAGCUUGGAGCUUACCUGAUAAGGCAUCAACUACAACUUCGGAAGCAGAGUAUAAUACUACUAUCUUAUACAAACCUGUCGCAAAAGUUGUUUCAAGGACUACUGCUGCUCUCUUGGCAAAUCUGGGAAACUCUGACGCCGGUCAUCAACGCACAACUAAAGCUGUUCUGGAGCAAGCAAAUCGCCAAUUCCAGUACCAGCCUGCUCUCGACUGUCAUCAGGAUUCACCUUCACACAUGGAAAUGGACCGCAUUCAUGAGCCUUCAAAUUCUGCGCCUCCGAACACAGAACAAGAUACAAGAACUCAACAACCAACGACUAGUGGAGAUCGGCGUUCUUACGACGGGUAUAACUGGAGAAAGUAUGGGCAGAAGCAAGUGAAAGGAAGCGAAUACCCAAGAAGUUACUAUAAAUGUACACAUCCAAGUUGUCCUGUAAAGAAGAAGGUUGAGAGAUCACUUGAUGGGAAGAUAGCUGAAAUUGUCUACAGAAGCGAACACAAUCAUCCUAAGCCUCAGCCCCCCAAGCGACUCUCGUCGGGGUCACAAGGCCAAGCCGUUGCUUCUGAAGGGCCUGGGAGGGAGAGUGGCAAUCCAUUGUGGAACAGCCAUCUUGUUGAGGGGAAUGUAUCUGAUGGACGAGUGGAGAAUGACAACGAAAUAAGUUUUCCAGUUGCUUCCUCUUUUAUUGGGCAGGCACAAUUUUCUCAUGAUCCUCUUCUUGCUGCAUCAUAUAAUAGCGCUACCAAGAAUCCUGAUGCUGCUGGUGGACUGAGUGGGGCCUCUGAGGUUGGAAGUGGAACAGCUAGUUUAGACAAUGACAAGCUUAAUUAUAAGAGAAGGAAGAAUGAGGAUCAAGUCAGUGGAGCAGGUGCAGCAACAGAAGGUGCUGCAGAGCCUCGUUCUAAAACGCAGACUUCCAUAGAAUCUGAUGUCUCAGGGGAUGGCUUUCAUUGGCGAAAAUAUGGACAGAAAGUUGUGAAGGGAAAUCCAUAUCCAAGAAGUUACUACAGAUGCACCAGUCCCAAAUGUAACGUGCGUAAGUAUGUGGAGAAGGCAUCAGAUGAAUCGGGAUCUUUUGUUACAACAUAUGAGGGAAAGCAUAAUCACGAGAUGCCAGCUAGAAAGACAAAUCUAGGUGUUUCCUACCCUGAUGCCGGAGGCCUUAACAACUCCAGGCACAACUAGAACACUCGAAAAAAAGAGAGGAAGGGAAAGCAUGGAUUGAAAUUUAUCUGACGAUCCACCUGACAGGAUGCGAUGUCUCUUUUCAAAAUCAAGCAAUCUUCAACCUGGAAAGAGAUUUGAUGAUCAAAGACGGUUAUUUAUGUUCUUAAAGGCUCUGCAUGGUUGCAACGUAGCAAAAACGGUUAACUUCAUCUUUGUUUUAGCUAUAUCAAUCAGUAUAGCUGAUGUAGACAACUAAUUAGAAGUUUGGUGCUACCCGAGCUCAUAAUACUCUGUCGUCAAGGGUUUGUUUGCCUUUUCUUUCCCAUUAAACUGUGUAUUUUAUUGGUAUUAGAAGAGGCUCUGCUUUUUUACAAAGAUUGGUAUGAAGAGUACCUUCUCAUUACAAUUGCAUUUUAUAAUUGCCUUUUAUUCUGAGAAUGACAUUUCAUUUUA